AUGGAUUCAAUGGAAGGUUUUCCGAUCCCUCUUUGGCUAAUAAUUGCAAGACGAGAGAGAGAAGUGAAUAACAACCGUCUGGAUUCAUCUAAAGAAGCGGAUGAGCCUGUUGAUUUCACAAACUUGCAACUAACGGAGCUAGAUCCCAUGGAAGAAUUGGGUGUUUCAAAUGACAUAGGUGGUACUCAAGAUCUGAGUUCAUGGCUGAAUUUUGAUGAGGAUGGCUUGCAAGACCAUGAUUCAAUAGCACAAAUCUCAAGAAUUGGUGUUUAUGCUGCUGAUAUGGCUGCUUCUUUUGUAACAUUUGCCUCUCAACCAUCUGUUAGAGAUUAUAGUUUGAAAAAGAGGUGGAUCGGUAAAUCUAGUUUCUUGAGAUGUUUCAAUGCAGAUUUGUCAAGGUUUUCAAAGCUCAAAUGUUCUAUUAAUUCUCAUAAUGUUGGUCCGAUUCAUAGUGAAGAGUCAUUUCUGGAUUUGCACCCUGAGAAAUUGAAGCUUGGUGGCCAAGAAAACGAUUCAUUUUCUAGCUUGCUAAACAUCAAUGAGAGCUCGAUGGGAUCUUGCGUUCAAAGUUACAACUGUGGUGAAGCUAGGAUCAAAGUUAUUGGCGUCGGAGGUGGCGGGUCUAAUGCCGUCAACAGAAUGGUUGAGAAUUCACUGAAAGGCGUGGACUUUUUGAUCGUUAACACGGAUGCUCAAGCCUUGAAGAUGUCUCCUGUGAUGCCUAAUAACUGUUUGCAAAUUGGCCAGGAGCUGACUCGGGGUCUUGGUGCUGGUGGGAAGCCAGAAAUAGGCAUGAAUGCCGCCGACGAAAGCAGGGAAGCAAUUGAGGAGGCGGUUCACGGUGCCGACAUGGUCUUCGUGACGGCUGGAAUGGGAGGAGGAACCGGCACCGGUGGGGCUCCGGUAAUCGCAGGCAUCGCAAAAUCAAAGGGAAUAUUAACAGUUGGCAUUGUUACUACACCGUUCUCUUUCGAGGGUCGGAAGAGGGCAGUCCAAGCUCAGGAGGGAAUUGCAGCCCUGCGCGAAAAUGUCGACACGCUUAUCAUUAUCCCCAAUGACAAGCUAUUGGCUGCAGUUUCAGAGGGCACCUUAGUGACUGAAGCAUUUAAUCUUGCAGAUGGUAUACUCCGGCAAGGUGUUCGCGGUAUAUCCGAUAUAAUUACGGUUCCGGGUUUAGUUAAUGUUGAUUUUGCUGAUGUGCAUGCUAUCAUGAAAGAUGCAGGUUCUUCUCUAAUGGGGAUAGGAACUGGAACUGGCAAGAGCAGAGCCAGAGAUGCGGCAUUGAACGCCAUCCAGUCACCUUUGCUAGACAUCGGGAUCGAAAGAGCUACCGGUAUAGUCUGGAAUAUAACUGGCGGAUCUGAUUUAACUUUAUUCGAGGUGAACGCUGCAGCAGAGGUCAUAUAUGAUCUUGUAGAUCCGAAAGCAAACUUAAUAUUUGGAGCCGUGAUAGAUCCAUCACUGUGUGGACAAGUGAGCAUAACUCUGAUUGCCACAGGAUUCAAGCGCCAAGAAGAUAGCAAAGGCAAGGAAAAUCAGGGUGAUGGUCUUAAUAAACGUUUUCCUUAUACCCAUGAUGGUUUGCUAGAGAUUCCCGACUUCUUAUGGAAGAAAAGCCGUUCACGUUCAGAUUUUCUACAUCUCUGA